AUGUAUCGGUCGCGCUCUCUGGAAAACAAGGAAUUAAUGGCUCUGUAUGGAGGAGAAGGAGAACAUUACUUUGUGAGAGAUGAGGACUGUACCAGUGAGGAGUACGAUCUGGAUUCAGAGUGCGGCGAAGAAACAAAAGGCGGCAGAGGCGUUCGCAGCUCUCUGUCCCUGGAAAUCUACGGUCUGCAGAGGGAGCAGCAGGUUAAUUUCUCCAACCAGGAGUACUACAGGAGGCUGGAGGAGCUGAAGAGCGCUCACCUGAGGAACAUGGCCGAGCUGGAGAAGAUGUACAUCAGUCAGGCCAGAGAGAGACGCGGGCUGGAAGAAGAAAGAGGGACAAACAUAGAAGCCAGACAGUCAAUCAGGAAACUCCAGCGCAUCAAUUCCCAAGAGGAGCUGGACUUGCAUGAGACAUCGAGUGGCUCUGACCAGUCAGACCUCUGUGGAGAGGACAGCAUGGAGGACCUGGAACUGGACAAUCCAAGAGGGACUUUUGGCCAGGGCCGAACCUUUGGGAGAGACAUCCUGCUGAGCCUGGAAGACUUGACGAUCCAGAAGCAGUUCAGGCUUCAGGCCAAGGCCUCCUGUCCCAAACCACAGGGAAGACUGUCGCGUCAAAGUGGGGGCAGGAUGAGGUCCAACUCUAAGGUCACUGUGCCCAAACCCUUCCAGAUGAUGCUGAGAGAGGAGGAGAGGAAGAGGCACAAGGUGCGUACGCGCUCAGAGAUCGAGCUGGAGAACACCUUGCUGAGACGGGAGCUGGAGGAGCUCCGAGAGUGCCAGAAGAAGUUCCGGGCAUCACCUGCACCAGCGCACAUACACCUGCCUCUCUACGAAAUCAUCAGCCGCCGCUCCGGUCAGCGACCAAACCGAAGCAGUGGUAAUAACAGCAAACGUAACACUAAAAGCGACCAGGCCUCUGCUGCUGCCUCAUCACAGCCUUUCCAUUUCCUGGAGAGAGAGAGGAGGAAGAGGGAGGCGAAGAUUGUGGCUGAGCUGGGGAGGCUGGGACCGAAAGAGGAGCGUCAGGCCUUCAAGGCUAGGCCUGUGCCCAACUCAGUGUACGGCACCAGACACAGAGCAGACAGCAAGACCACAAACCGUCGGCCCCAGUUUCUAACUAUUUGCACAAUGGAGAGGGAGGCCACGGAGGGCCAAAGUGAUCCGAGCUCCGACCUGGAGACCGACAGUUCUCCUGACUCCUGUAGGCCUCAGAGAUGUCCAUCCUCCAAGCCAGUGAAGAAGCAGAUAGAGCUGUCCAUUGAGAUGGUGAAAGAGAGGGAGUGGUCCUACAUCGACCCGCUCAAAGCCACCGCCUGCAACCUCUGUUCACCUGUGCAGCCAGGCGACCAGGAGCCUCUGCUCACUAACAAGAGUGAUUACAUCAGUGUGUGAGAGACAGUGUCAAUCAAGGAAAAAGACAGCAGAUAUAACUAAACUGUUUGUGUUGUAGAGGAGCUUUACUAAUAUUUAGUAGAGAAAUUCUUUAUCAAACAGCAGUACAUGGUAGCCUAAUGUAAUAUAGCCUAGUAGCCUAAUGGCAACGGUUUGUAGAGCCUUUAGCAAGGUAUGCAUUGUUUUCAUAAUACAUUUGUUGUGAUUAACUUUCAAAAGUUUAUUUGUAAGUUCUGUUUUUCAAAGUAUCCUUAAGGCCCAAUAAACUGAUUUUUUGGAAGAAUUUGGAACAUGUUUGCUUGCUAGCAGUUUUCUUUUUCCCUGCUUUCCUCCUUGAAACCACCAUGAAGGGAACAGUGCAAGG